AAAGAGACGCGAGUGCGCGCUUACGAAUCAGAUCUUUUCUGUCCUGCCGGUGGUACAUUUAUGCAACAGCGGAGGUGCUGUAACUGUUUUUAGGACUCCGUCUUCUCCUCAAACCGCUCGCUCCGUAGCAGCAACAAUGUUCGAGGCCCGGCUGGUCCAAGGCUCCAUUCUGAAGAAGGUUCUGGAGGCGCUGAAGGAUCUGAUUACGGAGGCCUGCUGGGACGUCAGCUCCUCCGGGAUCUCCCUGCAGAGUAUGGACUCCUCUCACGUCUCCCUGGUGCAACUCACCCUGCGGAGUGACGGCUUCGACUCCUACCGCUGCGACAGGAACCUGGCUAUGGGAGUCAACCUCAGCAGUAUGUCAAAGAUCCUGAAAUGUGCAGGGAAUGAAGACAUCAUCACGCUCAGAGCUGAAGACAAUGCGGACACACUCGCUCUCGUCUUUGAGACACUGAACCAAGAGAAAGUCUCAGAUUAUGAGAUGAAGUUGAUGGAUUUGGAUGUGGAGCAGCUUGGCAUUCCAGAGCAAGAGUACAGCUGUGUGGUCAAAAUGCCUUCUGGAGAGUUUGCGCGCAUUUGCCGUGACCUGUCUCAGAUUGGAGAUGCUGUCAUGAUCUCCUGUGCCAAGGAUGGGGUCAAGUUCUCUGCUUCAGGAGAGCUGGGCACCGGAAACAUUAAGUUGUCCCAGACCAGCAACGUGGACAAAGAGGAUGAGGCGGUCACAAUUGAAAUGAAUGAGCCUGUUCAGCUCAUCUUUGCCCUUAAUUACCUGAACUUCUUCACCAAGGCCACUCCUCUGUCCAAGACUGUCACCCUCAGCAUGUCUGCAGACAUUCCCCUCGUGGUUGAAUACAAGAUUGCAGAUAUGGGACACAUCAAAUAUUAUUUGGCACCGAAGAUUGAUGAAGAGGCUUCUUAAACUUCGUUCAUAGCAGACCAAAAGGGGGAAGCGGCAUGCAGGACUUGUCGAGUGAGGAAAUAGCUGAGCUGACGGCAUCACUUGGAGGCACCUGCCCUCCUGAGUGUCUGUCUUAAUAGAGGUGAAGCUCUGACUCUAAAGACGUGUUCAUCGAUGUUGACUGUGGCUCAAGGCAAACUUCAGCACUUCUCCUGUUCACGCCUCCUGUGUGGUGUUUCCUUUGGGCCCAUUUUGGAAAAGCCAAUUUCAAGAAUCCAACUGUAGAUAUGAAUUUGUAAAUACUUUGUGUGGUGUAGCAUUGUUGGUCAACCCCACUUCUUUUUGUAUUCAUGGGUUCAGCAAUCCACAAUAAAUCCAGUUUUGUUUU